AUGUCAUUCAUUAAAAAUAAAAGCUCGUUUGCGUAAAAAAUAUUUAUCUACUUACGUUUAUCUACUAGGAUUUUAGCAUACCGGAAACAGUAUUGUCGUCACUUUGGCGCGAGAAGUGGAUUUUUGCCGCGAUCAGCAUGAUUUUCAUAUUGGCGGUCUCGUUAUUACUGCCGUGUUGUCUCUUGCUGUCUUUACUCUUGAUCUCGGGACUGUCAAAACAAUGAAAGCAUCGAAGAACUCUGAGGGUGAAGAUGCAUCCCUGCCUCUGUCAGCUCUGAGGCUUAUAGCUCCACCCCUGCGUCUGGUGUCUGCAUCCAUGUGGAAGGUUAUGCAGCAGAGGGAUGCAGUGCAUUAUGGAAAACUGGAAGAGAUUGUAACAUCGAUCUGUGACACUGUACCUGGGUUGCUCCAUUACAGACAUCAGGCCAGGCUUUCAAUGGGUUUGCAGGCCCUGCUGAUAUUGGAAGAACUUCGUCAAUCAGAUCCUCCUGAUGCUGAGCAUGUCCUCCGGGAGGUAAACAAACUGCAAGGUUCCUCCGCUGCCAACGGAAGGAGGAAGGAUCUGAAGGUGGAGGAAGCUAAACGCAAUUUCCACACCCUGGUGCACUGUCUCCUAAAGAAUCCAGCUGCCAGACAACAAUUCUUCAAGGAGGAUUUUCCUCAACAUUAUGGAGAAAACUAUAUAGCCAGUCUGGAAAAGCUGCUUUGGGAGUUUCUAAUCAGGUUGGAUCAGCUAUUGCCUGUUCCAGAUCUUGGUCAGACAGCCUCGUGGAUCACCGCUACCCCUGCUGUUCUGGAGGAGUGUGCACGUACUGCCUCACAGCCCCAUCUCGUCAGGACACUUCUGCAACAUGAAGCGUGUCUUGGACACCUUGGCUCAGCUUCUCUUCUGUCCUCCACUGGUGAAUCGAUCCUAUCAUCCCUUUCCCUCCCUCUUUCUGGCAGAGUGCAGCAGACCAUCCGAUCAGAAACCACUCCCACGUCUAACUAUGUCAUAAGUCCCGCCAUGUCAGUGCCUAGAGCCACACACAGAUCAGCAAAAGAAGCUCCGUCACAGGUUGCACCUGUGAUUGGAUCCAUUUCCAAUCACAGUCUCCCAAAAAACAAUUUGCCUAGUAACGGAGUAGUAUCCAGUUUAGCAAAUGACGUCGAAUCAGCUUCAGAGACAUCAGCAAAUACCAGGUCCAAACUCAGAUCAUGUUCUAAAAAAACUGCUUUAGAGAAGGAUCCCGAAGAGGAGCAUGUUGUUGGGAAUAUGUUGAUCACAGUCAUAAGUCAAUCAUCAGGCAGUGAAGUAGAAGAGGACCCCAAUGACAAAAGUGAUGGCGAAAAGAGUAGAGAGCAAGAAAACCUACCAAAUAUUGAGUCGACAUUAAAGAACAAAAACAGAAAAGUUAUCAUGAGAAAUUCAUCUAAGAAAAACUCCAAAAGCAACUGCUCAAAGAACGAAGCAGACUUAGGUGCUCUUCUUGGUUCUUGUAUGAAGCGCCAAUUGAGAGUUGUUAUUCCCAGAUUGAACAUAAAUGGUGACAAUCUACAUGUCCAUCUGAACCAUAUGUCUGAUGAGCAAAAAGCAACAAGAUCUCCAUGCCAAACAAAUGACACAUCCAGUGUGGGAAGCAGUCGUUCUGUCAACCGGAAGAGGAUAUUUAUUGAUUGGACUCCAACACCUGAAAAAUACCUAGCGGUCAAUAAACUGUCUUCAGCUUGUUCUCCGUGUAUUCCCCCUGUUCUGCGUUUUCCAAUGGCUAGUCCAGAAACCCCAUCAUCUGUAGCUGAUUCGACUGAUGAUAUUAUCAUCGAUUCUGAGGAUGAGAGAUCAGAGAAAGUAAAAAGAAAGCUCUUAUAACUCGCAUCAAUCAGGUCCUGCACUUUAUCCCUCUUAAUAACUCUUUCAACAUCAGUCCUGCACGUUUUCUCAACCCUGCAUGUUCCAAAACCAAAACGUCAGACGACGAGGAGGAUGGCCCCAGAUCCAUCGCACUGCACCCAACAAAUUCACAUACUUAUGCACUAUUCUAUGCCAUUUUGUAGUAAAAGUAGUGUCAGUACUGUGUAAAUGAUUCCAGGGGUUUAAUAAAUGUCUCUGAAGCAAAACAAUAUGCUUCUAAGAGAAAAUACUUGUAAGAUAUACUUGUAACAAUAUGCUUGUAAGAGCUUAUUCACUAAAUACUGUGUUACAUUGCAUGCAAAUGUAUACACAGACAAUAACAUCCACAUUUAAAUCAAGUUGACUCUUCCAAUACUUGCAGUGUGUAUGUGGCCUAUAGACGGUUUCAAAGUGACAACAUAAACAAACGUUACUGCGCGUGCGUUCGUGGACUGCCCUUAACUUCCGGUACACAUUCACAAACAAUAGAGUGCCUGUAGGUUAUUUCUGAUAACAAGCAAAAGAAACCAAGAAGAAUCGUUACUUGGCUAAACUUGUCUCUCCAAUAUUUUGAAUUUAGACUGUGAUACCAAGCUCAACCACUAGAUGUCAAUGUACCAUACGGUUUCCUUAAAGGGGUCAUAUGACACGACUAUGAUUCUUCCCCUCAAUGAUUCCAAGCUGGCCAGGCCCUGAUGCAGCAAAGCAGGCCCAAAUCAUGAUGUUUCCUCCACCAUACUUUACAGUUGGGAUGAUGUUUUCAUGAUGAUAUGCCGUGCCCUUUCUACGCCAGAUGUAGUGCUGUGUGUUUUUUCCAAAUAGUUCAAUCUUAGCUUCAUCAGUCCACAAAACAUUUUGCCAGUAUCGCUGUAGAGUGUCGAUGUGCCCUUUUGCAAACUUCAGGCGUGCAGCAAUGUUCUUUUAGUAAGCAGUGGCUUCUUUCAUGGUGUCCUGCCGUGGAUACCCUGCUUGUUCAGUGUUUUACAUAUUGUAGACUCAUGAACAGAGAUGUUAGCAAGUUCCAAUGAUGCCUUCAAAUCUUUGGCUGUCAUUCGGGGUUGUUUCUUUACCUCAUUGAUGAGUCUUCGUUGUGCUCUUGCUGUCAUUUUGACUGGGUGCCCACUUCUUGGUAGAGUAGCAACAGUCCCAAAGUGUCUCCAUUUGUAGAUUGUUUGCCUAACUGUAGACUAGUGAAUUUCUAAAGCCUUUGAAAUAACUUUGUAACCCUUGCCAGCUUUAUGUAAAUCAACAAUUCUUGAUCGUAGAUCCUCUGAAAGCUCUUUUUGGCGAGGCAUGGCUCACAUAAGCGUUUUCUUCUUGUGCAGAGCAAACUCCAAAAGUUUGAUGGGGUUUUUAUCAGUCAAAGUAGCUGUAGUCAACGCCUCCAAACUUAUUAUCUUAAUGAUACUCCAGGUCUGCUAAAACCUGACUCCAAUUAGCUUUUUUAGGUCAUUAACUCAAGGGUUCACAUACUUUUUCCACAAGCACUACAAGGUUUUUUGGUUGUUCUCAAUAAAGACAUGAAAGAUCAUAAAAAUGUUGUGUGUUAUUAUUUUAGACACAUUUUAUUUGUCAAUACCCUUGACUUAGAUGAAGAUUAGAUCACAUUUUAUGACAAAUUUAUUCAGAAAACCAUGAAAUUCCAAAAGGUUCACAUACUUUUUCUUGCCACUGUAUAACUCAUUACUCCAUGACUUAUUUUGAAACCAAAGCACACCCACACAUCAGCUCUGAGAGCUCGAAGUGUUCUUAUAUUUUUCGCCGUGCUCGCUUCCAAUUACUUUUGGCCGUAUGUACAGUAUAUGACAUGAUUUUAAAAAAAUAUCGACAGUAGAGGUAUCAUUAUUGAUACACUAUAGAAAAAAUAUGUAUUGUGAUAGUUACAUGUAUUGAUAUUUUUGCACAGCCCUAGUUUGAAUGUACAAGGUUGUGUUCAGCUAAAGUAAAAUACACCUAGGAUAACUGCACUUUGAUUCUGAAGUAACAAACACUAUCCAAUGUCAAAAAAUGUUUGAAAAGAUGAAUGAUAUACCUUAAGUCAAGGAACUCUCUGUGGUCUGUUUUUUAUUUUUAAUGUGACGUUUUUCCCCUCUAUUUGUCAGGUGUUCACGGAGCGCUAUUGCAAAACAAAGAAUGGCACGUAUGUGCCCACACUGCAGGAGUUCUGGAAUCCUGCGAUUUAUCACAGAGACAUUGUUUCUCCUGGAAACAGAUGU